AUGAUGGUCAUGAUGGCCAGCGUGUCUGCGGUCCGCUUUGAGAAGGCAGAGGGACCAAGCAUGUGUGGCCGUAAACUCCGCGUGAAGGAAGUGGAGGAGGCCAUGGGCCAUAGGGAUAACCAUGACGAGGUCAAAAACAAGCACGGAUCCAUCUCCGGAUCUGGCACAAAGACCUUGACACAGUGGACUUCAAGUGUACUUUACGUUCACUACCAGUGCUAUGUGAAGGCUGGGCUGCUGAAACCCCAAUAUUUCGUUCGAUCACAUAGCUAUUCUGUGGGUUGCGAGAAGGCCUUAUUGACCAAAACGACCACAUACACGAAGCUCAAAUCGGACCUCAUCAAGGACUAUGGCAUUAAGAAAUGCAGGAACGAGGAAGACUAUGAGGAUCUGGAGGCCGACAGCACCGCGCCCAUUCCCGUGCUAGAUGGCAAAUCCCAAAAUCAAAUGGUCAACAAUAUGUUUGCAGCCAUGGACCGGGGCGAAUCGCCAUUCAAAGAAGAUGCCGGGGACGGGUUGCCAGUUGGAGCCGCCACUAAGAGAUUUCAGGGUGGUGCUGUAGUAACAGUGGAGGAGCACAGCGGAAAGAUUCACAAGCAUGUGAUGGGCGGGGUGAGAAAGUUCGGAUUCAGCGUCUUCAUCGUGAAGUGA